GGCGACGCGGCGGGCGGCGAGCGCGAGGAGCUGCUGCUGCUGCAGAGCACGGCCGAGCAGCUGCGCCAGACGGCGCUGCAGCAGGAGGCACGCAUCCGCGCUGACCAGGACACCAUCCGCGAGCUCACCGGCAAGCUGGGCCGCUGCGAGAGCGGCCUGCCUCGCGGCCUCCAGGACGCCGGGCCCCGGCGCGACACCAUGGCCGACGGGCCCUGGGACUCGCCGGCGCUCGUGCUGGAGCUGGAGGACGCCGUGCGCGCGCUCCGGGACCGCAUCGACCGCAUCGAGCAGGAGCUUCCGGCCCGUGUGAACCUCUCAGCUGCCCCUGCCCCAGCAGUGCCCACUGCCCUGCACUCCAAGAUGGACGAGCUGGAGGGGCAGUUGCUGGCCAAGGUGCUGGCGCUGGAGAAGGAGCGAGCGGCCCUCAGUCACAGCAGCCAUCGGCAGCGGCAGGAGGUGGAGAAGGAGCUGGACGCGUUGCAGGGACGUGUGGCCGAGCUGGAGCAUGGGUCCUCAGCCUACAACCCUCCAGAUGCCUUCAAGAUCAGCAUCCCAAUCCGCAACAACUACAUGUACGCGCGAGUGCGGAAGGCGCUGCCCGAGCUCUAUGCCUUCACCGUCUGCAUGUGGCUGCGGUCCCGGUCAGGUGGCACAGGCCAGGGCACCCCAUUUUCCUACUCAGUGCCCGGGCAGGCCAAUGAGAUCGUGCUGCUGGAGGCAGGCCAUGAGCCCAUGGAGCUGCUGAUCAAUGACAAGGUGGCUCAGCUGCCCCUGAGCCUGAAGGACAGUGGCUGGCACCACAUCUGCAUCUCCUGGACUACACGGGAUGGCCUGUGGUCUGCUUACCAGGAUGGUGAGCUGCAGGGCUCUGGUGAGAACCUGGCUGCCUGGCACCCCAUCAAGCCUCAUGGGAUCCUCAUCCUGGGCCAGGAGCAGGACACCCUUGGAGGUCGCUUUGAUGCCACUCAAGCCUUCGUGGGUGACAUUGUUCAGUUUAACAUGUGGGACCAUGCCCUGACACCUGCCCAAGUCCUGGGCAUUGCCAACUGCACUGAGCCGCUGCUGGGCAAUGUCCUUCCCUGGGAAGACAGGCUAGUGGAGGCUUUUGGGGGUGCAACCAAGGCCGCCUUUGACAUCUGCAAGGGGAAGGCCAAGGCAUAA